CAUAACCUCAAUCUUUUCCUUAAUUCCCUUCCAUAAAAACAACAUAUUUUGGUAAUUUAUGUACUAGCUGAAUACAAAAACUUGUUAAAAAUGUGCUUACUACAAAUGGCAAAAUCUACUGUCACGCACUAAAAUGGUCAAAAUAUCAUGUCACUUAUUAAAAAAUCAUAUUGAAUUGAACAACACAAAAACCAAAUAAUUUAGUAUUCUUUUCUGAUCAAUAAUCAUUAUCAUUUUGCCCAACGAAAUGCUAAGCCGCAGAAUUUUCAAUUUUAUCAGAUACAUCACCCGAACCCAUGUAACGCUCGCAGGACGUGGUACGAGAAACUUUAGAAUUCCAAUUGCAUUAGGAAUAUUUAGUGCUGCAAAAUGCGACAACAUUUUUGACGAUUCAUCGAGUGCCGAUACGUUAGAACACGAGUUUUUGAUUAAGCAGGCGACAACAGUGAAUGUUAAUGCGGCCACACAGUUACUGACCGUAACUCUAGUAGCUAUACAAGAUACAAGUGAACGAUUACGUGAUGCACUAUCAAAAGAAAUAUGCUUAGUACAACAAGCACUUGAAUGGGGGGAAGAAGGAACACCUCCUCAUCAUUGGGAUCAACUUGUUGCAAUUCGAGGAUCUUUGAGUGACCUUAAGCACAAUCUUCGUACUUUGAUAAGUUAUAUGGAUUAUGCUGAAAAGCUGGCCACAGUUGCAGCAGAAAUAUCAUAUUUAUCUGGGAAUGUUAUUGCUUCAGAUGCUAUUUGUGAAAGGAUAGAGCAUGCUAACAGGACAUGCAACAUUCAGAAACAGUUGAACCAUGAUCUUCAGCAAGAAAGUCUUGAACUUCAACAAAGAGCUAUCAUCACAUCUCCACAGCUCGAAGAGAAACUGAAACAAGAUUCAGCAAAGGAUAAGUCUAAUGCCAAGACUUGAGGAUUAUUAUUUAUCUAAAAUUUGGUCACGAAAAUGUAAAUAGAUUAGAAACAGGAGACAGUUCAAUAAACAGUAUGUGUUUUCAUU